ACGCGCGAGCCUCAUUUCCCAGAGUACUGAAUGAGAUGUCCCAUACCGUAUCAAGGCCAUACUCAUAGCCGAGAUACUUCCAUCCACUCUUCUUCUGCUUAUGAAGGCGCUGGUCGUAUUUAUCGUACAUGGUCUCAAAUUCUGCCAUUGUGUAACUCCUCGCGUUGAUCAGCGCAGCGAUUUGGCUCAGUGCCAGGGGUAGUCCGCCUAAUCUAUCUGCGAUUCUAUGAGCAGCGGCCUCUUCGUCAGCCGUGCGUCUUCUUUUCGUACUCAUGAAUAACAUGAACUCGGCUCCCUCGUCGAUUCCGAACUCGUUGACCUCGAGUCCUAGGUCAAUAGGGAGAGUAGCAAUGACGGCAUCUCGAGUCGUCACGAGAAUGGCCCCAUGCUUCGACGCUGGCCAACAACUCUCGAUGACCUCGUGGCUAUCGACAUUAUCGAAGAUGAGCAACCACUUUGCCGCUAACAGAGUCAGUAGGGGGACAUGUAUUCUAUUGUUCCAUUGUCUUACUCGUUUUCUGAAGCCGAUCCAAAACCAGUAUCAUAUUUUCCUGGUAUGCCUGAGGGUGUGCGUUAGGCAGUUUGAGAGCAUCGAGAGCCACGCGACUAAAGCUCUGCUGUAUGGAAUAUUCGGUAUCCGCCGCUAUACCACACCUUUGCUGUCUAACGUUCUUUCCAUGCUCAAGCCAGGAGGCUGGCUGCAGUGGGAAGAGAUGAGAGCCGAUUUCCUCAUCGAACCAUCUGUUCCAGAUCUCAAAAAGUCUGCUUGUGAGACUCUUGCGCAGAUCUUAAAGGUUGGGGCUGAAUCAAGAGGGCUCCGAUUUGGUUUCCUAGCUGAGCUGGACCAGCAUCUUACGAAGCACAGCUUUGAAGAUGUUUCUAUGUUUGAGACAGUCAAUCGCAAGCAGGAUUACAAAGGCUGGGCUGAAGACUUCUUCAUGGUUUGGGAGGAAAUCGCUGCCUAUUUCCCGUCCAAGGCCGCUCAAUCUCAAGCGCCCAUGACCAGGGAAUUUUGGGCUGAGACUUUUUCAAAGGCUAUAGAGGAAACUGAAAGGGGGGUGGCAUUGCAUCAAGGGGCUCCCAUCACGGUUGUAGGUCGCAAACCGAGGUCGACGCCGUCAACACGGGCCGAUCGGCAUCUUGAUCCGGCCAACCCCACUUCACGAAUGUCUGAGAAAGCGCUUAAUGAUUCUGCCUUACAUUCCUGUACUCGCGGACAUUUCUAUCACCUUUGGCCUGAUAUGCAGUUCGGGCAGGCGAUCGGAACUGCUGCGCUUACAUUCGCUAUCACGAACAUCGAUGACGCCUUUGUCCUUUAG